AGGAAGAAAGGCAAUGUUCUAAUGGGGACUAUGGAGUUUCAGAAAGAUCCCAGUGCAGUAGCUCUAGAAAUGCUUCUUGUAGUCCAGCCUGAGAAGAGGAAGACUGCCCAAAGAUUGCAGAUAGACAAACAGAUGAAGAGCCAUGGUUCAUCCCAAAGCCAAGGCUUUCAAGGGGAUGGCAAUGGAAACAAUAAACUGGAGCAGUAUCAAGAAAAUGACCUUCAUGGCUGUGCAAUUCAGAUGCAGCAAGUCAUCACAUCCUGUUCAGUCCAAGGAACCCAAGUGAAAGUCGAGGUACAUGAUAGAAAUUCCAUGCCACAGUUAUUCAAGAAGCUCUCCAUUGGGAAAGGUUUGCAAGAAAAUGGGAAACGCAGACCACGUCCACCUAGUUUGAAAGACCAGCAUGCUUACCCAUGGGAUAAGUCAUGCUUGAAAUCUAUGCCUUUUGACCUGAAACAGUUUGAGAAAUUGGAUGCUUACACAAAAAAGGUGACUGCCAAGAACAGUGUAGAGGAACUUGUGAAAACAUUACUCCGUGUAACACAUACAGACCUGGAAAAGGUGAGAGCCAUUUGGACAUGGAUUUGCCACCAUAUAGAAUAUGAUAUUGUAGGUUUCUAUAACAAAGACAAGCAGUCUUUCAAGCCCAAAGAUGUCCUUCAGAGUGGAAAGACCAUUUGUGAGGGGUAUGCCGGACUUUUUGAACAAAUGUGCAGCAUUGCAGGAGUGCAGUGUAUGAAUUUGUCUGGUUAUUGCAAAGGCCAUGGCUACAGGGCUGGGCAGACCUUUACAGGAGACUAUGACCAUGCUUGGAAUGCUGUUUACCUUGAUGGACGGUGGCAUCUGGUGGACAGCACAUGGGGGAGUGGCUCCAUUGAUGACUGUUUCAGCAAAUUUACUUUCAGAUACAACGAAUUUUACUUCCUCACUCACCCUGCCCUCUUUAUAAAUAAUCAUUUUCCAGACAACAGCAACUGGCAGCUUCUCAAACCAACUGUGACACUGAAACAGUUUGAGAGCAACAUGCUAUACAAGAGUGACUUUUACAAAAUGGGAUUGCUGGCAGCCCAUCCGGAAACACCAAUUAUUCAAACAGUAAAUGGAAAAGUAGCAGUAAUGGUGGAGAGCCGUUCCCCAAUGCUGUUCAUGUUUGAAUUGAAAGGGGCAAAGGAAUAUAGUUUGAUGACUUUGAAGAGGAGCGGAAUGAAUCUGGAGCUUUAUCCACAGAAGACAGGGAGUCACAAGUUACAGAUCUACGCCAAGCCAUCCAAAGGCUCAGAGGAAGUCUACAAUUUUGUGCUGGAAUACAUUGUAGAGUGCGCUUCUGUAGACAGGAGUGUUUGCUUUCCAAAGGAGCUCUAUCAGCCUGUUGGUCCCAGCUGGUUCACAGAGAGGCAAGGAUUCCUCAGACCUUCAAAAAAAGACCCUAUCAUUCAUACCAACGAUGGGCGCUGUGACUUCAGCUUCAUUCUCAGCAAAGACUUGAGCGUUUUAGCCUCACUGCAUUCAGAUGACGUAAGUCUGACUGAAGACAUAAGAAGACGACAUAUCUUGCAGGUUUGUCAAGGGAACCAGUUAGACUUUAAGAUUCAUCUUCCCCAUGCUGGAAAUUUUGCUUUCAAAAUUUUUGCUAAGAAAAAAUCUGAUUCUGGAAAUUAUAACUAUAUCUUCAACUACCUCAUCUGUUGCUCAAACAGUGAGGUUAAGUGGCCCAUGUUCCCCCAGAAUUAUAGCAAGUGGACAGAAGGUUAUGAACUCAUAGAGCCUUUAGCUGGGUUGCUACCAGCCAACCGUAUCAUCAAGUUCAAGCUCAAGCUUCAUAGCAUCACCAAGGCAUUUGUACAGUGUGAGAAAACCUGCCCCUUAUCUCUGAGUAAGGAUGGUUACUGGGAAGGAUCUUGCAGCACUUCUGGUUGUGCAGAGAUAUAUGUGAUGGUGCUGGAGAAUGCUAACCACAAGUUCUAUUCACACAUUUUGAAAUAUGAAGUAGAGCCACAGUAAGAGACCACUCCUACUGUUCUCAUCUGCCCAAUUAAGCAGUGACAUUUUAUAUACAUAUAUAAACACAAUCACAUCAAGUCUUUCAUCCUAAAUUUGGGUGACAAAUUUUGAAGCAACAGCAAAAUUUCUUUAUUGUCUUUCAUUGAUAUUAGGUAAUGAAGUUAGUAUGAAAUGUAGCUUCCAAACCUAUGUAAAAUCAAGACACAAUUUUGCUUAUAAUUUCAAACUAAUGAUUCAUAUGCUAUGUACUUAGCACAUUAAAGUGGCAUCUGGGCACAUCAAUCUCACUACUAUUUCUGGGACAUAAAUUCCCAAAGUGAUUUUGAAUGAGUGCGUUAAACAAAAACAUUAUCACAGAUAACAAGAGGGCAUUCUGUAAUUUAUGCUAGGCGAGGGAGAGGAGGACCACAUACUUUUCAAGCAUCAGUGCAAAUAUGGCUGCAAAAGCCAAACAAGACACAUGUUCUUGCAAGGUGAUCAUCAAUAUGGAAGUUUUCUUG